GUAAUAUAGUUUUUGAUUUUGAAAUUGAAAAGGUCAGUGAAGUGAUGCUCCACUUAGAUUUUUAGAUUCCUCGAAGUCGGAGUUAGGGUUUUUCAGAAAUUAUUUUUCGUCAUCUUCUUGUCUCUUCAUUCUGCUGUUGAUGCCUUUUAAAUACCACUAUUUGUACUUUCCGUUAUUGGACAUGGCCAUUGUUUAAUUCUUCACAUAUGGAAUGAUCAUUUGGUUUUUAAUAUAUGAAUGUCGAGCGGAAACCUUAUCACUAUGCAUAUUGUUUAACCUUUUAAACUGGGUUCCAUGUAUAGAUGCCUCUAAAUCUAAUAUCAACUCUGAUGCCAUUACGUUGUGGGAGUUCUAUUGGAGUUUUUUUUUCUUCUUUCUUGGGUCUUAUUUAUUUAUGUAUUUUUCGGCUUUAAAUUGUUUCUUGGUUUCUUAGUUCUCCACACAACAAUUUCCCUUUGGCAAGAUUCAUUUUGCAAGAAAAGAAUUCAAUUCUUGCAAAAUCAUAUAAUAUUUCAAUUAAAACAAAUUGAAUUCUUUCAAGGAAUCAUUUGAAUUGAAUUAUUACAAAAUUCUUGAUGCCAAACGAAGGGUUUAAGUUUAGCUUACUUGGCAGUGCUAUUAUUCUUCAGAUGGCAGUGGCAGUUGGAGAGAUUUCAUUUUCUUUGGACGCCUGAACUGUUGAGAUGACCAUCAAGCAGAGAGAAAACGUUAUCAUCUUUUCAGGACAGAAGAAAGUUACUGUUUUCAAUGAGAAAAAUGGAAAAUUGAGUGAGACGGCAGAGGCAGAGUCGCUUCAAGUGUCCAAUUUGCAGCAGAAGUUGUGGAAGACAUUGCGGGAAGCUGCUUCAUAUCAAGAGCAAGUUGGUAAGCACAGCCAAUAUGUUGAACAAUCUACUCAGGAUAGAAAAUUGGAAGGGAAAGGAAACUAUCCAAGUGAAGAAAGGCAGUCAACUAAAGGGCCUGUGAAUGAGGAAAGCAACCCUGGUGGACGCAAUGAUCAUCUGUUGAUUCUUGCUAAUUCUGCUGAGCUCAUGUUGGAAUCAGAUAGCUUAGAUGGCACUCUUGAAAAUGAACAAAACCAUGAAGAUCAUAAAUCUCCUGGAAAACAAUUUGAAGGAACACUUGUAAUUGAUCAUUUAAGAAAUGAUGGGGAUGGAUUCAACUGCACAGGAAGAACUCCACGCUUGAGUCAAAUUCGAUGUCAAGCUCGGUUAAAAAGUAAUUUAUUGCUGAAACAGACGCUUGGGGAGCCAACAGUUGGGCAUUUGCAAGGUGGGAGAAUCCGAUUGACUCAAAUUCGACACCAAGCUCGGUCAAAAAGUCAUUCACAAAGAUAUUCCUGUGGGGCUGUGCAAGGAGGAAUAAUGCGUUUGAGUGAAUUGCGACGUCAGGCUCGAUCCAAGUAUAACUCUUCCAUGCAAGAGGCAAUUGAAGAUCAUGUGCCUGGGCAUUUGGAUUGCCAAACCUAUAAAGAUAAUCAGAGAAAAAGGGUCAUUGAAGAUAUAUUUGGGGAAGAAGAUGGCUCCAAAGCAGCUUCUGGAUUUGGAUUUCAUCCAUCAAAGGUUGAUACCGUGCAUGAAUAUAUUGCAAGUGGAGGAGGUGAUCUAUCACUACCUGCGAACAAUGAAGUUCUGGACAAGAUAGUCUCAGUAAGAGGGAGAAUACGAUUGAGUCAUUUAAAAUGCAAAGCUCGUCUAGGAAAUGCUAGCACAUUGGAUAGAGAUUCAACAGAACACAACUGUAACACAGCCCAUAAAGGUUAAAAGUUGAACCCACUGCAAUGCGGCCCAAACUCAAAAGGUGAAAGGAGAAAGCAUAAGUUGUACAUAUAGCCCUUUCAGGUUUGCAAUGGUAUGUUUUGAGAGACUAAACAGGAUACAGUUUUUGACAUGGCAACUUGUUUGUAGGAAUUUCUUUAUUACAUGAAUGUGACAGGAUGAAUAGUCAGGUAUCUCAUAUUUGUGAUGGUGACUAUAUCAGAGGAAGACAUGCUAAUAUGAUGAAGGUAACAAAAUAGAGGAAGUUUUCAAAUUUCAA